AUGCCAUCUCCACAAGAGCUAUUACCUUACGCUGAUGAUGAACAAGGAUCUCAUAGAAUGACAAUUGCAUUGGAGACUUUCACCAAUGAACCUCUUAUUGAACACCACAGGAAGCUGAUCACAGCAGACGAUCUGAGAAUGAUGGAUUCACCAGCGUCUGUAAAUGAGGAUCGGGGUUCCUCGCUACUUUUUCGACUACCUCUGUGGCAGCUGCUUCUGGCUACCAUUUCUUCGGCUUUAUUCGUAGUUCUCAUCUCAAUAACUCUUAUAUUAUGUGUACGCGAACGAAAGAAGAAAGUUACAUUCUCUACAGCAACACCAUUUCCAUUCAUACUUCGAGGUGGUCACGGCGUUCCGGACAUAAAUAAUACGCCGUCAUCAUUCUUGGAUCGUCUCGGUCAGUUGCAAUCAACAGACACGAUAGUACGAGAACGAGAUGAUAGUGAUAUAUGGAUGCAGCCUUCUACUGCGCAUGCAACGGGAGGAUUACCAAGAGUUUGA